AUGGGGGAGAAAGAAGACAAGGAGAAGGCCGACAAAUUGGCCGCCGCAAAGAAGAGAGUUGCCCAACUCCAGAAGAAGAAGAAGGCGGCCGCCAAUACCGGAGACAAGUCAGGCAAAGCAAAAUCCGCGCCCGAAGACCCUCCCAGAAAUGACCACGAUGCUGGCGAAGCUGCACCUGCGACCGAGGAGAAAGUCGGUCAAGAGGAAGUCGAAGAACCGGUGGAGCGUGUACCGGAAGAACCGAAACCCGCACAGGAUACGGCCGUCAAAGGAGAGAAUGCUGGGGAAGAUGCUCCCAGUGAGGCGAUCCAGCCCGCCGAUGCACCGGACCAGGACGCGGUUGAAUCCCCAGCUACGAUUUCACCUCCCUCUACCGACCAGGAUGCAUCGUCGUCAACAAAGACGCCACGACACUCCGGACGCCAACCCAGUGUCAGCCUCCAGAGCAAGAUCCGAAGCACGAGUUUCAGAGACAGCGGGCCUUUGAACCCCGCAGCUGCAUCAGCAUCGUUGUCGAGGAGCGAAGAGCUGGAAAAGGAGAACAAACGCCUGGCAAAAGAGGCAGAAGAUCACGAAAAGAGAUGGAGGAGAGUGGAGGAAGAGCUGGAAGAGCUACGAGAACAGAACGCUGACAUGUCAGCAUCUGCCGGCGCGAACACAGACGAAGAGUUGAAGAGGCUACGAGCCGAGAUUGAAACUCUGCGGCGCAGGAACAGUGUUACGCGAAAGGAAGGCGUCCAUGGCGGAGCAGAAGACGUCGACUCUCUGAGGGCAGAGCUGGAAAACAAAGACUCCACGAUCGCCGACAUGCAACUGGAAAUAUCGAGACUACGGAGCCAACUAUCCAGCCAGACGCAGGGCUGUGAAACUCACGGAGAACAGAUUACCGCUUUGCAAGCCUCGCUUUCUACUGCGGAAGGCAAGUUGAGGAAUACAGAGGUCGAGCUUUCUGACGUGAAGAAAGCACUGUCCAAAGCGAGCGAAAAGGCUGUCAUUGACGGGACAGAACGAACAAGUAAAGAGACAAAAAUUCGAGCCCUAGAGCGUGAACUUCAAGACGCUAUCUCCCAGCGAGAAGAAGUGGUGAAGAAGGCGGACCAACUGGAGAAGAAAAUUGAGGCCAUGAACAAGCUGCACAGGGAGGCAGAAUCGAGAAACGCGGCCAAACUCGGGUCUGCAGAAGCUCAGGCCAGGGAAAUUCCAGGCCUCCGUGCCAAAGUAGAAAGACUCGAGAGCGAAGCUGCGCGGCUCAGAGAGAAACGCAAAAGAACAGUUAGCGGCGACGGAGGCGGGGACGGUCUCGAUGAGUUGGAGGACGAAGAACGACAAAAGCUAGAACGAAGAAUUCGGGACUUAGAAGGACAAGUGUUCGACCUGCAACGAGGCAUCUGGAGAGACCGGAGAAUUCAAAUGCAGCCUCACGGCGAGGAAGGAUCCCGGACUUCCUUGGAUCCCGCCGAGGACUUUGACGAGGUCGAUCUGUCGGGUUCAGGUCAGGGCAGCCGGAGAAGGAGUUUUGCCAACACCCUGCAGCAGAGUCAGACUCGACAUUCCGGGUUCGCACAGGUUCUGAAUUCUGGCCUUGCCGCCUUCCGUGCCGGCACCACAUCCCCUAAUUCUCAAACGAGGCAUCAGACUCGACCUCGAAACGACUCCUUGCUCCAGGAUUUUGGUGACGAGGAUGCGUUCGACGAGAACGCAUUCGCACAGGCUCAAAGAGAGGAGGAGGCCCGGAAGAUGGUUGAGCAUGUGAGAGAAGUCAAGAGAGGGCUGAAGCAAUGGGUCGGCUGGAGAUUAGAUCUAGUAGAUGCCAGAAGAACGGGAGCUGGCGUGGGCUUUGGCGAGAUAUUUGAGGUAUAG